UGUAUUACAUCACUCUUAUUCAUUUGACUUACUCGCUAUUUUCACUUCCGCCGGCUGCGCUGCGCCGCCGGUCGCCUUCGCUGUGCGCCUCAGCUCUCUGUUGACUUUGCACGGCCCAAAGUCAUGGAUGAACUAACCGGUGAACAGACACAAAGCGUUGGUUCGUUCAGACUGUCACAGCGGGGCGGCGUUGACGAGGAAAUCACUGCGGCUAUGGAAUAAUCUCAACAGCACAGAAAGGAAAUAAGUAUUAAGAGGCUUGGAGUCCAAAGUCAGGCAGGGCUGACUUCCACACUGUCAGUCUCCAGGGUUUCCCGAUAUUCACUCCCUCAAGGAUCAGAAUGGCCUCGGGACAGGGAGACGUGCCAGCGCUUGAGUCUGGCACGUCAUCGGGACUCUUUGGCGGUCUGUCGGCUCCGAUCGGAAUGAUCCGGCGCACUAUCAGCUAUGACGAGCACAUCGAUGCUCCCAUGCAUUCACCACCUCCAGACAUGACUGUCAACAUCCUGUGGAAAGAUCCAGUCAUCCCACAGCACAAGUUUAGGAAGAUCCCGGAGGAUGGUGCAAAGCUGAUGGCCUUUGAGCCUGUAUCACCACCCAAGUCCCCAGUGCCAGUGGUGAAAGCCAAAGCCACGACUUUAGUGAACACGCUUAUGAUCAAGCAGACCCAGGAGAACCUCCACAGGUUUGAGGUGCAGGCUGGACUGACAGACACUGGGUACUCUCCCCACAAGGGCCUCUCCGCAGAAGAAUCCCGCUUUCACAGACUGGGUGAUGGCACGUUGCCUAAGUUGAGAAUGCCAAGCGGGGACUUCAAGGAGGACAGGCUUACAACAUCAGCACAAUCCACCCCAAGUGGCACUCCCUCUGUCACCCCUAGUGUCACUCCCUGUGUUAGUCCCCACUCAUCACCAGCUCUUAGUCGCAGGAGUUGGUUCCAGCUGAGUCCUGCACCUCUUCCUGCAACCCCAGAACUCACCCCAAACCCUAGCACAGAAAUGGGAGGAAAUGAAGGAGGAGAUAGGUGGAGCUUUUUCGGAACUCGUUCAGUGGUACAGAAGUCCCCCACAGACCCAGGCUCUGACACCAGCACAGGGUUUUCACUGCAGUCCUAUUUUGGUCUGCAGAAGUCCUCGACCAUGGAUGGCACCAACACCCAGAUCAACCUCAAGGUGGAGGACCCUGCCCACUUCCUGCCACCCAAGAUUGAAAUUUCGGGCAUUGAUCCUAAGCGGGUGCCCCCACGGCCACACAAACUAAAACCUCGGGACAUGAAUGUCUUAACGCCUUCAGGCUUCUGAAGCCAGAGCAUCCGUGUAGUUCCAUCUCUGUCUUUUUUAAAGUGUUUUUCUCCCUUUUGUUUCCUAUUUUGUUUAAUGUUUUCCUCAGUCCACUCUGCCUCCUCUUCAGAUUUACUGAGGCUGAGAGGACUAAGGACCAUUUCAUUGGUAGUAUAAGCUUAGCCCUGGAGACUUCAUUGCACACUUACCUUCACAGAAGAUCUUCUGUUAGUCCACAUUGUCCCUUUCUGUCUGUUUUUUUUUAGUGGUCCAAAACAUCAAAUGAAGAAACCUAAUUUGUCAAACAUGUUAUUGCUUUGUAUCAUUAUUCUCCUGUGACAUAGUGGGUGCGUUGGCAUUCGUCCCCUGGCUGUCCUUGCUUCCUUGUUAGUGAUGGCAUAAGAUCUAUUUUCCUCAGUUACCUUGUAAGUCCUUGCCUAAGAUGACUUUAGCAUUGCCUGCCAAGCUAAAGCUCAUCGGCCAUUAUAAUUUGUAAUUCUAAGUUGCCUCAUUUGUAUUUUUUUUUUUUUAAUUAUACAUAAGCUCUAAGGUUUGUAGCUGUAUAAGGCUUUACUUGGGUAGCAUGCAGAGUAUAGUGUGAUAUGACUGAUAAUGUGCCUAAACUGGUAUGUGUGCGUGUGUGUGGGUCCAAUCCAAGUUUGGUUUUGUUUUGUAUUUGUUUUUUUUUCUUCUAAAAAAAUCUCUACUUCUAACCUGAAGUUAUUUUUUUUGUUAAUGUUAUUUGAAGUCUUGUGUUUUCAUGUCAUGCUUUAAAUCUUUUUUUUUUUUUCAUCCUUAAUACUGGGUAGUAUUUUGGGUUUGCAUGGCAUCACACUAUUGUUUGAACAUGCCAUUAAAUGCAGUGUUACUUUCCUUUUUUUAUUCUUGUCACCAUCUAACAAUCUGCUGUUUAAUUUGAAAUAAUGAUCAAUUCCAAUAAGCGAUUGCACAAGGGGGCGUUUCUCCCACAUACAUCUGUAAAUAAAAUCCUACAAUAAUGAA